AUGUUGAAGCGCCUGUCGAAGGCUUCCCGGAGCGGGUCUGGGACGACCCGAGGCUCGCAUCCUGCGUGGGAAGAGGCGGGGAGCACGAAUCCAAACACGCCGGUCGUGGAAGACCCUGGAGGGGCGGGAAGCGCCUCGACCGCAGCUCAGAAGGGGACCGGCGCGGGGGUUCCGGGCCAGUCGGCCCGCGGCGUGACCAGGGACGGUAGCGGCGAGCCGGCGAGUCUCCGGAACGCGCCCGGAGAUGGAGAGCCGAAGAAGCGACACUCGCGCACAGGCAGCAAGUUGUUCUCGCGCCUCACCUCGAAGGUAUCGCGGUCCGUUUCCGCGUUGCUCCACGGCGACUCGGGCCCUGCGGAGGCAUCCGCAGAGGAUGCGAAAGGCCAAGCAGACCGCACGCGGUCGGACGGGCAGUGUCGCGAACCCGAGGCAGAAAAGAGUUCCGCGAGCGGAUCGGCAGAGGCCGGCGAAGCGGCGCUGACCCACGAACCGUCCCUCCCGCAAAAGAAAAAGUUCCACAUUCCCCAUCCCCACCUUCCCGGGCACAUCCGGAACGCAGCGAGACCCCACAGCGGUCAGCCAGGCGGCUCGGGCCUGUCGGAGGGCGCCGAGGGUUCGCACGGCGUCGUGCACAAAAUGCAUCCCUCCCACCUGCCGCACUUGCAUUUACGAGGCGCGGGAAUCCUCGCCCACGCCCGCGACGAGGCACACAGCGGCCAGGCGCAGAACGAGGCGGAUUCGAGUGCGGGGGGCGUCGUACUCCUGCAACAGCUUCACCAGGCACACGAGCGCGCGAGGAAAAUCGUAGAGCAAAGCCGCAAACAAAAGGAAGGACUCCUGCAACGCGCGCGGCGGGAAGUCGAACAAGAGGCGACGAAACUCCGAGAAGAAGCGGAGAAAGAGUUCGAAGCGUCGGCAGAGACCGAACAGCAGGAGGACGCGGCGUUUAUCGCGGAGACGAACAACGAGGAAGUCGACGUCGACGUCUCUCCGGAAGUGAUGGAUCGUGCCGUCCACUUUUGCAUUGACCAGGUGAUGUGCGUGGACGUGGAGCUGCCCGAGGAACUGCGCAAGCGCCUUCCUGUCAUCAAAGCGCAUCCGCCGACGUUCUUCCGGAAGAGUUGCGCGUCGCAGUACCCGACAACCCGCGGCGGCAAGGGAGAGCCGGCGAUUUUGAAGGCGGCGCUGGAGCACUCGUACCGCCAGAGCUUUAACCAGAGCACAGCCCACUACGGCUCCUUUGUCGGCCAAGACAAUGACGGGUACCGAGGCCCCGGUCUGAGCAACCUGAGUGGCUCCGACGGCUCGCGAGAGGCGAAGAAGGACGUCUACUCAGCCAUCCUCGGAGACCAUGCGUGGAACGACGACGAGUUCCACAUCGACCUGCCGGACACAGCGGAGCAGUCCCGCGGGGACGACAGUUGGUGGGGCUCAGGGCGACGCCGAGACGGAGAAGGCUUCUUCCGCCGCGGCCAACAGGCCUUCUGCCAAGGCUGCUGGCCAGCGGUGUCCUCUUGA